AUGGAACAUUGUCCACGUAUGUGUCAGGCUUGUGACGGAUUGGUUCCCGUGGAUGCAGCAUUCGACGUGAGAAGACUGCCAAAAGAGUUGAAAUCAAUAGCCUGGAUGAUCGGCAGGUGGAGGUCAGAAUUUGGAGGCAAAGCCUUUUUCCCAACGAUUCCCAAAUUCACUUAUGGAGAACAAAUUGACAUUUCAAUCAGCGAUAUCACAAGAAAAGGAAAGCCGUCACUGAACUACACUGCUUUUGCAUGGGAUAUCAGUGUACCCGAGAACGAGCUGGUAGAAAUCCACAGCGAGAAUGGCUACAUCACACUGAAUCGUAACGAGAAAGCUAAUGUAGAUAUCGUCUCGCUUACAACUGCAAUGAGCAACGGGUUCAUGACCGUCGAGGAAGCAGAAGCGGGCCCCAACCAAGUGCGCUUUCAGCUCGCUCACAUCGGAAGGAUCAGUUUUUCACACGAUUCUGCAGUGCGCUUGAUGAUUCGAGAGUGGACCCUUCUGGAUCAGGAGCACUUCGAAUCACGGUUGCUCAUGACCACUACUGUUACGCGGCAAAUGAUGGAACAUACCACAGUCAUUUACAAGAAGAUUUAUCCUUAA